CUUCUCAGAUUCUGGGAUCAAGCUCAUUGAAGAGCAAUGCUGAGAUUGUGUGUAGCUCUGGGUUUGUUGGCCACAUGUUGGGCACAAGAAUGUCUGGUCAGCAACUUCACCGUCAAACAAGACUUUGACAGAUAUAGAUUUCAAGGGCCGUGGUAUGCUGUAGCCAAGAAAGACCCGGUUGGACUUUUCCUUCUUGACAACAUAGUUGCCACAUAUAAAGUAGAGGAGGACGGGACCAUGACAGCAGCUGCUAACGGUCGAGUUAUCAUUCUGAAUAACUGGGAGUUGUGCGCAAACAUGUUUGGUACUUUUGAAGAUACUGAACAUCCGGCCAAAUUUAAGCUGAGGUACUGGGGAGCUGCUGCGUAUCUCCAGACUGGAUAUGAUGACCACUGGGUCAUUGACACAGACUAUGAGAAUUACGCCAUACAUUACUCCUGUAGAGAACUGGAUUAUAAUGGCACCUGUCUGGACGGAUACUCCUUCAUCUUUUCCCGACAUCCAGAAGGCCUCAGGCCUGAAGAUCAGAAGAUUGUGACAGAGAAGAAACAAGAGAUUUGUCUGCUGGGCAAAUACAGACGUGUUGCGCACACAGGUUUCUGUGACACGGUCUGAAACAUGACAGGAGCACCACACCAAAUGAAAUCUUUUUCUCUUUUUAUAUUUCUAGUUAAUAUGUAAAUACACAGAUUAGUCACACAGCAUAUGAAUCUGAACACAAUGGAAAUGUGAAAAUGUGUAAUACGUGCAUGGUGUCACCUAUAGUGGAUUUUCAAAUAAAAUAACUAAAUUCAAUGAUCCAGAAAA